AGAAGAAGAAGAAGAAGAAGAAGAAGAAGAAGAAGAAGAAGAAGAAGAAGAAGAAGAAGAAGAAGAAGAAGGAGGCGAGGCCCUAUAGGCCCCUAGCUAAUUUUUUAAACGUUUUCUGACAGGAAAGGGGCAUAAAUCUAGUCAACAAAUCCACUGUCAGUUUCCAAGAUGGCGUCGGUCAUCUCUGAUCUGAAUGCCGGGCCGGGGGAUAUACGUCGGCAAGUGAACCUCUUUCUACAAGGCUCCACUGGGUCUGGACCUGUCAGCAUCGAUGCCUUGUCCAGCUCAGCACUGUUCCUACUGAGGGCUGUUCCAGUGGCCCGACAUGCAGUGUUGGAGCACUAUGCUAUGUCUUUUGAUGAUGCGAUCAACACAUUCUUGAGUUUCCAGGAUGGUGCUGGUGGCAAUAUGAAGGAGCCAGAAUCAGUGCACAUGUCAGCCUUGCAGGAUGUGACCGGUGUCUUACUCAGCUUCAUCAAGUCCAACCCUGAGGCAUGGGCACCCGUUGUGUCUUCGUGGGCCUUGUCGCUCUUGGGUCAGAUCAGCAGCAAGUACGCUGCCAAACGUGGCAUCCAGCACGCUACAUCGCUUAAUGAGGUGCUGCAGAUGUGGAUGGCAUGUCCCCCAGCGCAGAUGCUGAUUGAGAUCACCACAGAGUGUUUUGCCGCAAUGGUGGGUGGAGCUCCUGACAUGUGUGUGGAUGCCCUGCUGGAGGCCUCGGUGAGGUACUCUCCACACUUUGACUGGGUGGUCGCUCACAUUGGGUCUUGUUUCCCUCGCACCAUCAUCACUCGUGUCCUCAACUGUGGCCUCAAAGAUUUCUGCAGCAGUGGUGUGGAUGGGCAGGAUAAAGACAUGGGCGGUGGUGGAGGGGGGCGCAAUAAGGUACCCAAGAUGGCGUCCGUGGUGGGGAUUCUGGGACAUUUGGCCUCGAAGCACAGCCAGGAUAUACGGAAGGCUCUCAUGUCUUUGUUUGAGGCAAGUGUCCGAUCAGACUCUGUCAGCAACAAAGUGACCACACUGCCGUUCCUGCUCCAGCUGGCCUCCAUGUCGGACAUGUUACUGCGCAUUCUCACGACGGAUCUCGUCGCUGCCUUGAAACCACCAGUGCUGAACCAGCUGCACCGACAGUUCACGCGAUGGAAACAUGCCGCCCCGGCUGAGUAUAAUAGCUUCCUGAACCUGGUGGUUCACCUUAUCGCCAAGAGCAAUAGCGGGGCCUAUGACAUCAUCAACUUCAUCAUCUGCACCGCAGCUCCACAAGGUGUGGGUCAAGGUGAGGUGGCCCAGGAAGAAGUGAGGGACACCUGUGUGGAGAUCAUGCACAUUCUGCUGUUUGAGCUUCAGCGUGGCGUCCUGUCCAGAAAGAUGGACAGCUCACCGACCGACAUCCCUCUCCUGGCAGGCCUGGCCUCACAGACUGACCGUUUGACCAGCAUGUUGCUCUCCAGUGAAGGAAAGAGGGUACCGUGGCUACAGAAGCUGUUGACCUUCACUGCCCUUCAGGCUGGGGAGAGUUGUGCGGCUAACGUGUUGACCUCCAUCUUGUUCCAGGCUCGAACCCCGCAGCAGCUAGGUGUGUUUUAUCGGCUGAAGCAGGGUGUAGAGCUAGGCAUGCCGGGCAUCGCCCAGAGCGCUCUGGUUCGCGUCUUCUCUCGCCUGGAGUCGCCCAGCUCGGCUGGACCAUCGGCUGGUCACUCAGGGGCCAGCCCCUCAUCGAUGACUCUGACAGCGCUUAAAAAUCUGGAGAGAGUUGUCAUUGUGGAGAGCUCCAAGGUGAAACGGAAGCUCCUCUCCAGCAGCACUAUCAUCGAGUGCCUGCGUACAAGACACGCUGCCAUGUGCGACUUCCUAUUGUCGCCCCACCCGGCUGUCUCUCUGAGUGCGCUCAGACUCAUUGACAUGGUUGGCUUCCCCGACGACCUCAGUGUGACCUUGCUGACCCAGCUAUGUGGCGCAGUGACCUUGGCUUUCUUUGCUUCCCUACACCAACGUUCUCAAACCACUGAGCACAUCAAGUCGGCGAGGAUGACACAGCUGUGUAUGUCGUGCAUCGAGCAACUGAGUCGUCUCCCCUCCACACGCAGUCUUCUCAUACACUAUUUGGUAGAGGCUGUAGUGCAGAAGGAACACAUCCACCUCUUUGGUGGUCGCUGGUCUCCGUCCACGUUUGCUUCGGCGUCUACCCCAGCAGUGGCCUCGGUCAACGACAACGUGUCUCUGAUGGAGGAAAACCGCCAGCAGAGCCUGUCCAUCGCAAGGCCUCGCUUCCACUCAAGCGUGUACCACGGCGGCAUCAUACGACAGUCGGUCAAGGCACACAGUGCUGGGAAAGUGGUGCCAAAGGAGCUUGUGUCAAGGAACUGUCUGACCUUCAUCGAGACACUGUGGCUGUGUUGCCGAGAGCUAAACAGGCCGGGACAGGUUCUUGACUCAGCUAGUGGCGGGUCUGAGCCGGGAGAGGAAGCCAUGGAAACCGACCAGUCGGCGACUGCCAAAGGGACGUCGGGGUAUGUGAUCAGCGAGAGCUGCGCCCGUACCUUGGGCUGUGCCGUGGUGGAGAUGCUCACGCUUGACUCGCUCUACAACGACGUGAACUGGCAGGAUCCAGACUUCCGGCGGGUCACCACCGAGAGAGACACCAUGGUGUGGAAGAGAGUCGAAGAGCUGCCUGUCCUGCUCAGCGUCAUACAAGAGUUUAGUUCCAGCUGUGUGUUCCUGUACUAUGCCUCGCCCGUGCUGCGCUCGCUGAUGGCGGUGGUGAUGAACCAGCUGGAGGUGUCCAGGGAGAAGCUCAUGUCGGGAUGCCCCAAGCACCACGAAGUGGCUGUCAAACUAGUCUACUGCCUCACAAAGGGCUUUUUAAUAGUGCCACCAUUGUCAAAUGUAGCAGAGUUGUUCCCCUUUGUGUCCCCGUAUGAAGGUUAUCUGCUCCUGCUGACUCUUUGGCAUUAUAUCAAGGACAACCCCCCAUCAGAGUUUGAGAGCGAAGUGAAAAGAAGAACCUGCGACAAUUCUCACACUUUUGUGGUGCACUCCAUCCUCCACUCCAACAUCGCACACAUGGGACAUCUCUGCCCACGCAUCUUCAACAUGUGAGUCGCUGACGUGUGACCGCCGAGCCUAUUCAACAUUUGAGUCACUGACGUGUGCCUACCCCGCAUCUUUAGCACUGGAGUCACUGAUAGUGGUAGCAGGAACGCAAGCUGCUUUCGAGAAGUUCUUUCCAUACAGCUCUAUUAAGCACUAUUGUAAGGAUUUGGACACAAACUGAAAGUCUUUUCAUUUUUGUUUUUUGAUGUAUGUGUUCCUUGCAAAGUGGGGCCCUUGUCAUGCCAAUUCAUCAUAUUCUGGCGAACUGGCUGUUUACUACAACUGUACCACUGCUGUAGACUCUGUAGAGGGAUGACGAGUGCUGCUUGUGAGGUGGGAAGUUUAAUAUGCUUGCCUUUAUAAAUUUGUGAGUUGUCCCAAUCAGGGUCAUGGGUGAAAGUUCAAAGACAUAAAAAACCUGAAGAGGUAGAGUCGGGGCAUGCAUGCCCUACCCCCUAAGCGCCUUUUCGUGAAUAACAUCCGGUGACACAGUUGGAUUUUAAUAUUUUCACUAGAGAGUAGCCCUGCACUGCUUUCCUGACCUUUUAGCAUGUGGUUUCUAUAUUAUAUGUGUGGGGAGCUGCAAAAACCAUUCAUAUGGGUCCAAAUGUGAAAAUUGAGAUUUCUACAUAAUAUUAUUCUACAGCUUUCCGUGAGUAUUUUGCUUUUUUAUUUGAAGGUUUUAUCUAUUAUAGUUUCCGAGAUAUUGCAGUUUUUAUCACGCAAGGUAGGAAAAAUCCGAAAAGAGAAAAACGGCUUUAAAAGUUUGAGCAAUGUUUUUGGCAGAUAUGAGCUCAACAAAAGGGACAAAACUCAACAUAUACUAGUACAGUAACCACAACAACAUACUUGUAGACAAAAUGUAAUAGGUUUUCUUACCUUUGUAGCUGGUGUUGAUGUAUUUAUAUCCACAUUACUGAUGUUUCAUAGAUUACUCCGUGUUGGCUCGGCGGCUGCGUCCACGACCUCGACCUCAGAUGGCUUUGCCUGGUCCUGCUACAGUUUUGUCGCUUUGGCUGGCACUUCAUAUUCACUGUCAGAGGAGUCACUGCCACUGUCUUCAGGUGUUACAUUAUCCUGACAGUGAGGGGAGACGAAUGGACGAAUCUCUUUGAAGAGAUAUUGCUGGCGUUUGAGGCUGAGCCCAGGUGACGGAAUUACUGGCGGCAGAACAUCCGGCCCAGGGAGAGCUGCUUUCUGUAGGGCCUGGGCUGUUUCAGGGGCUUUGCUGUGUUUUUCACUGCGAUGAUUCCUGAGUUGUUGAAAGAAAAAUGUUGAAGGGUUUUUAUUCCUUUCACCUUACUGAAAUACUUGGAAAGAAAAGUCGUCCAGUCACAGGUGGGAAGUUGAGAUACUCCAUUUUCUGUACCCACUAGAAUGGCCUCGUUCAUAGCAGCCGAAGCAUCUACAACUUUGACUGGAUCUUGCAAACAAUCAACCUUUGUCACCUUUUAUUUUCUUUUUAUGAGACCAAAUCCACCGUCUGGGCUAAACUUUGUAUGGCCCGCAAUCAGAAAGCUUAGGCAAAUAUUCUUAUUUCGACUGGUGCCACAUGAGGUACCAAAUCAUUACUGAGUUUUUGUUUUGUCCGGCACAAUUGUCUGCAUAUAAAUGAAGUUCUGUCUCACCAAGGCUGAAGUUUUCCAGGUAGAAAUGCAGAUAAGACACAACUGUGUUGGCACUUUUCCCCAGUGUUGUGAGCCUCAUCAAUUAGAAUGUUCACCUGUUUUCCCAGCGCCUCAUUAUUAAUCCCAAAAAGGCCACACUUCCAGGGGGUCUUGAAAUAAAUUGGCCCAGCUUGAAGAGGAUCACUUGGAAAGUGAGUCUGCUGAGCAAAGUCGAAAGAAAUGUGAUUUUUCCCUUGAAAGGAGCAGUAUGGAUGGGGUCCUGGUUGUCUGGCUGGCGGAAGUUGUGUCUUUACUAUUUCACAGCUGUGUUGGUAAAAUGAACGCUCAUUCUGAACAAUCUCCUGAUGAGAGUUCAAAUCGUCUAUUAACCGUUUUUUCUCUUCAUCAGGCUUGUUGGCUGACAGCUGAAUUUGCUGCAUACCUCUUUGACAGGUCCAGCAGAGAUCUGUUGCAGGAGGCAUGGUCCUAAUAAAAGGGAUUAACUGUCUCCUCAGUUUUCUGAAGGUUGUGAUGUGAGCACAGUGGUGUCCUGUUUCCUCAGACGAUGUUUUGAACAGUUCAUAUACCUCUGUUUUUGUGCAAUGUGUGGGCAGCAACCUAACGUUCGUAAUCCAGUGUCUGGGUGUUCUUCCUGGCAGUUCUAUAGCGUGGAUCUCUGCAUAGUUUAUUAUGAAGUCAACUACCCUCCUGGUGUCUUCAUACUUCAGGGUGUUAUGGGGAAGCCGCUUCUUGCUCUUGUGGACACGGGCUUCAACACCACAGGCCUUGUAAUGCUUAAUCAGGGUUGUCAGUUUGCCAAGCCCAAUGUCAUGAAUGUACAGGAAGAAAUCACGGCAAAUACGGUGUCCAUGGAGCAAGUAAUCCGUCCGUGACGCUUUCCGUUCUGUUUGGACUGCCUUUCGUGAUUUGCGGGUAAUAGAAUCCAAAUGAAUGCCACAUGAAAUUUUUGACAGCACAGCUAUGUCAAAUUCUUUGUCCGUUAAGGCAAUGUACUGUCUUUGUCCGUUAAGGCAAUGUACUGGUGUCUUAUGUCCUGGAUUGUUUCUGCAUGAAAGUUUGAGUAACACGGUGUUGACUUACAGGAGCAGGGGUAUGGGACAGGCCCUUUCGUUGACGUGGAAGGUGGGUCGAUGUGUAAAUUCGGUUGGUCCAGUUAAGGGGGUGUUGGCUGGUAUGGCUGACAGAUGGGGUCUUUUGCGUUCAAAAGGCACGUUCCUUUCUGACAGGUCUAGCUCAGUUGUCAAAACUUCACAGACCGAGUCAUCUGGGGAAAAUGCAUUUAGCUCUAAGAACAACUUAUUUUGCAGUUGCAGUAGGAAUGUAGCACAAUCUUAACCACUCAACCAGAGUAAAGUUUACUUGAAUUUAUUAUACUGGAAAAAUUGAUCUAAUCUACCCUUGUAGGCCAAUGUAUGAAUUAAAAUGACACAAGCUUAACAUUUAAAGGAAAAGAUAAUGCCAAAUGGUUUAUAGUCCACAGCACAAUCUCAACCAAACCAAAGUUAAGUUUAUUAGAUUUUAUUAUACUGGCACUGGGAAAACUGAUCUAAUCUACCACUAUGGGCCAAUGUAUAAAUUAAGAUGACACAAGCUUAACAUAAAAGAAAAGAUAAAAUCAAAUGCUCUAUAGUCAGCGUUUAUAAUCAACUAUGACAAUAAAUGUCUAAGACAAGAGGUGCACACAUGUUUAAGAAAUUCAGGGGUCUAGGACACAAGAAGAGUCUAAGUCUAGAUCUAGAUCUAGCUUACUUUAGAAUUUACCUACAAACUGAAUCUAUUACAGAACAGGAGGUCAUCUUAUAUCUAAAUCUAUCUACAUUUUGAUAUGUGGUCAUGAUUUGUCAUGAUUAUAGCUAUAAACAGUCGGGGUGAGAAUGUAAACAAAGCAUGUCGAAAGCAGAGAAAGACUGGGAAGAGCCUUUAAAAAAAACAAUUUUAAACUACUUAUCAUCACUGGAUUGCUCCUCAUCAGUAGUUGAGUCAUUUUCCGAUUCCUGUCUAUCACCAAAAUAAGCAUCAAAGACUUCUUGGUAAGCUUCUGUGUCUGUAGCCUUUAAAUUCAACAGACGAGCUAGUGUCUCAACGCUCUUUCCUCUGGGACUCGCCGUUUUGAAAGUGAGCAGGGUCUGGGCACGGGUCAGGGUUCAGAUGCUGCUUUUUCAAAUUAUUACUCUUUAUUUAGAUAAAAUAACAAACUAUUGCAUCUUGACAAUUUUCCAGUAAUUAUUUUAGUUUAAGGGUGUAUUUCAAGUAAGAAUUGUGGCAAUUAUGGACAAAUAUUGGUGCUUAAACUCGGCACUUGAUUUUUAUUACAAACAUUCACAGUGGCGCACUAAUCUGGAUGCGCACUCCAUGCUUCUUUGUCCAAGGUAUGUGCACUACUUUUUAUUCGCCAGUACACAGACUGAGCUUUCCAACAAUGUAUGAUAUGUGGGGUUUGUCUUAAAAUACUUUUGAGAAAAGUCGGUCAAAAAGAGAUGGAUUUUCGGAGUCCUCUUCAGCACUGUCAGCCGUGUUUGCUAAUCAUAUCGGCUGGGGGUGAUGCUGAAAAUAAUUAAAAUAGACAUAUUUCAAUCUCGAAGUAUUGUUUAAUAUUUCUAGAGAUGAAAGUUAAGAUGCUGAAUAACAAAUUGGUGCAAAAAUCUCAAAUUCCAAAAAUCUCAAAUUCCAUAGGAAAGCCCAAAAUGACCUUUGAGACGGCCUAGCUUUAAAGUAAGCACAGCGACUUCGGAACGGUUUUCGCAGCUCCCCACACAUAUGAUGUGUUUCUGGUCCCGUUUGGAAAUACCCGUGCGCUAGGAAGAAUGUUCAUGCAUCAAUACAGGGAUGUCCAUGCAACAAUGGAAUGUCAUGCGCUGGUCAUGUGGAAUGCUUAUGCGCCAUGGCUUGUAAGAUGUCAGUGUGUACAGCUUCAAUCUCUCCUUUUUUGUGAGUUUUAGAUUAGGAAGGGUGUUGCAUUCUUGUGGACAAAUCAAAUACAAUGCAAAAACUAAAAAGCGAUGUUCUGGUCUAAUCUAACGAAGAUCUUUGCGUAUCCCGGGUAACAUCCAUGCUGUUCGAGUUGGAGGAAAAAGUGUAGUACAGUAUGCGCUUUAUUUGGAUUGUUGAGUCUACAAGUCAUGUACACCCUACCUUAGGUGUUGCAGUUCAUGUUUUGAUUUAAUUCUUGAGUUUGCUUGACAUAGAUCUAUCAUGUAGGCCUAUACACUUCCUUGUGGUUGAUCAAAAUAUUCAAACAACGACAAAGAUCAGACAAGUACGUUAGAGAAGACGAUAACAAACAUAGAAAAUAUAAAAAACACCAACACUAUUUUGGUUUAACUCACUCGGGACCAGCCCUAUUUUCGGACACAAACCCUUCGGACCAGGGUUUUUGGAGAGUUUUCAAAAGAUUAUUUAGUGGUAUUAUAGUUGGGUUACAAAGCUGAAAUUUGGCACACUUACAGAUACAACCUUUCUGAACACAGUGCACUUGACGAAAAUCCUCUAUGUUGGAUACUUUUUUUCCCCCACGAUUUGUCAUAUGACCUUAAGCAGUUGCGAGAGCCAUAAAACACUUUACAAAAACAAAAAACAAAAAA